GUCCAUGAUCCCUCAUUGAUAAAGAACCAUAUCUACGCCUCACCUCUACGCCGCUUCUCUCUCUCCUCCUACCGCGAUUACAAAUUCUGACCUGGUUCUUGCGAUCCCUCCCUUAUACUGCCCGAUUCCACCCCCACCUUACGUUCCGCCCUGACGAACACGUUAUCGUCUUCCACCACCCCCACGCUGGUCGGCCGAACACGUGGAGAGAGUGCUUUCGUCCCGAGUCUGCGCGGUCCAGGUGCCGCAUGACUUGUGGCACAACUCGCGAUCACACAGCAUACCAAUUCCUCCGGGGUAGCCUGACCACGUCCGCAGUAAACAGGGACCCUUCCACCCCUUCUGCCUGCGCUGUGCACGCUCUCGACACCCUUUGUGCCCUACCCGCAUCAUGAGCAGCGCCCUCCCUCGAACGACUUCUGACCCUCCAGCAGCCUGGAACGAUCAUGAUCAAUACGGCACCAUGAAUCGAGGACAUUCAAAGAGCACCUCUCAACAUCCAGGGUCUAUGAUGCAUGGACCGAGCAGACAACGGAAUGGUUUCGGCAACAACGGUGAGAAAGCGGUGCCGGUACCAGGUUCGUCGGCGUUUGGCAAUGGCACGGACAGAAAGAGCAGUGUCUCACAGGGCCAACCGUUAUUUGAUAUGGCCAGAAGUCCUCCGAGCACUUCAAGCAAAAAUACCAAACACGUCCCCUGUAAAUUCUUUCGUCAAGGGGCCUGCCAGGCGGGAAACGCAUGCCCUUUCUCGCACUCUCUCGACCCAAUGACGCAGCAAGCGCCUUGCAAAUAUUUUAUGAAGGGGAACUGCAAGUUUGGCGCCAAAUGUGCCCUCGCUCACUACCUUCCAGAUGGACGACGGGUCAAUCGAGCAGACCUCGAUGCUGGCUUCGCCAUGGCAGGUCGAAAUUUCAACUACGCAAAUCGAUCCGAACAAGCACCGUUCCCCAGCCAAGAUCCAAGUCUGGGAGAUCCCAUACUCAAUCAACCGACUUACGGCCCAGACUACUUCCAAGGUCAAGCUUUCCCGUUGAUGGACAGUGAUGAAGCAGACGCGUUUCAAGACCGGUACAACCAAUAUCAACCGCCCUCGGCCCUCGAUUCAGGUCUCAACUCACCCCCAACAUCUCAUUUUGGUUCUCCUCCAAAUGAUUACCAAUUCCCUAAGUCACCCGUCGAAAAUCUUCGAACUGCCCUCAAUGCACCUCUACCACAAUCCUUCGAUGCAAACGGAGUUUCCCAUAUCGCGAAGUACGGACCUCUUGGUCAGUCUGUUCCAGACAAGUUUGGUAUGCGAUCUCCAGCCUCUUCAUCGCUGUCUAGACAACUUGGAAGUCCUCCAGAAUCAAUUGUCAAUGUUCGCAACGCCAAUUUAGGGUCUAAUUUGAGAAACGUGUCCCCCCUGGGCCUUUCGCCGCAGAAUGCAGAGGAGUCCAUCGGCCAGCGAAUCAUGCAUUCUCAAAGGACCGUCAAAACGAGAGGACUGUCAGCAAGUGUUCCACGGUCACAUCUUCCUUACGAAUGGGAGGAGGGAAUGGGGGUGGAGACGGACUUACUUCCUAACAGUCUGCACGACGAAGUACUUACUCCACAGGAAAAGAUGCGUCGCACUUCAAGAGCGGACCAAGAGCACAAUUCCAAGGAUCACGUCCAUGCCCUAGCGAUUCCAAGCGGAACGUCAAGUAAAGUCGGAUCUCCGCCAGCAGGUAGCCCUUCCAGAUUCAGCGCCUUAUGGGCUGAGCAGAGGGAGAAAAAGGCUGCCGAAAACAACGGGCCGUCCAGCUUUGGCCACGUUGGGUCGCCUCUACGUGGGUCCUGGAUGCCCAACGAAUCGUCAGCUCCAAGCGUCCAGGUAUCUGGUAUAUCUCAAGCAAUGGCCCGCAUGCAGCUCAAUCGAAUGGACUCUGGCGAAACGAAUGGAUUGAGGGUCCAAUCAAGUGGUCUGAGACAUUCGUCGGCCCCAAUUGGACGAUUUGACCGUGGGAUUUCCAGCCCUGGUCUGAGUUCUAAGAAGAUCGAUGAGGAGGUCGAAGGAGUAUUCUUCCCUAUGGACGGCGAUGACAAGACACCAAACUGGUCGGGGCAGUCACCUCGGCUUGUGCCUCUGCGCGACAGAAGUAACGGUGAUUUGACAGGACACAAAAAGGACAUCGCCGGACUUGAUGAGAAUGGCUUGAAGUCAAUAUGGGCUUUUCGCUCGUGAAUGGUUUCCCGCGAACGCGACGCAUAGCAAUACAUGUUGGCACAAAUAAUAACGAAGCACGACCGGCGUCCAAAAAUGUACAGAAUGUUCGAUACCACUCCGGCUCCUCAUUCCAGUGACGAAGGCAUGAAACCCAAAAACUGUUGCAUACACACAUUGCAAGGCGUUUACAAUGAACGAAAGAUGAAAUCAGAACCAGGGCUUUGAGUGAGGAGGGAGAGAAAUGAUGGGCAAUACAGAUACCUCUGCUUGUUUUUCAGGUCUUGCUUAUAUGAAGCGCCAUAGAUACAAUGUCGCCCAAGUUGAAUAUGAGACUCGUUUGCAUCACAA